CAACCAGUGACAUAUACUGAAAGGUGUGGGUAUGACUGAAGUGAGUGUCUAUCUGUUCAUCUUCAUCCUGUAGCUGCUUAGUGAGAUCAGUUUCUGACAGACAGAGAGAGUGUCUGUCUUGCAUCCUCUCCUGCCCUCCAGAACUUUACAAAGGCACCAUGGCCAAAAUAGUGGUCCAGCAGCCCCAGCCCGUUGUGAUGAUGGCCUCCUCCAACCAGUGGGGAUCAGGCAUCUGUGACUGUGGUGAAAAUAUAGCAGAAUGCUGUUUCGGGUUCUGGUGUCUGCCCUGUUUUGCCUGCAGCACAUCUAAGAAGUUCGGAGAGUGUUUGUGUUUACCGCUGCUCGAGUUCGGCUUCAUUCCACCAAUCACUUUAGCCAUGAGGUCAUCAAUGCGCCAGCGCUACGGCAUCGAGGGAAGUAUCUGUAAUGACUGUGUCUAUUCCUUCUUCUGCUGUCCCUGUGUUUGGUGCCAAAUGUCACGAGAGAUGAAAAAACGAAAUCAACCAGUCACAUUCAUCAACAGCCGAGCAAAGUGAUGACCAUCAUUACCAGCAUCAUCACAGAUAAUUAUUAUAUAACAUAAAAAAAAUAAUAGAAAUAAACAUGCAUUGUUUUCAGAUUACUGAUAUGUUGAUUAAGCAAACAGUCAAAAUGUGCAGAUUUGGUUGGUGAAUUCACUAUGCUCUAUGAUUAAGUUCCACUAGUAGCUCACCUUAUUUACUGAAGAAUUGCUCCGAAAUUAUACAGCCUAUUAAAUGUGAAUUGUUAUUACUGAGUUACUAAAAUAUUUUUGUCUUUGUAUUUUUUGCAAUCACAUGGCCUAAAUAAAUAAUUUUACACAUA